CUUAACUCGUCCAGAGUGCAACAGAAAGAUAGAAGCUGGAUGGUGCUGCUUGGAGCCUGAAGAGAUAAGUGAUCAGUGAUCCUUCAUCCUGAGCGUCAGUCAGGGAGGCUCUCUCUGUGCUUCCAGCUUGCUCCUUUCUAUCCCCUCUGCCGCUCUCUCGCUCUCUGUCUACUCUCCACGGCUUCUUCUCUCCCUGCCUUUACUUUCUUGCAACUGAACAUGCCUCCAACCCUGACCACAGCGUUUGCCAGGCGCUGGUGGAUGGCAGUGACUGCUAUCAUUGAGAAUCUGCUGUUCUCCGCGGUGCUGUUGGGAUGGGGGUCGCUCCUCAUCAUGCUCAAGUCGGAAGGCUUCUACUCUUACCUUUGCAACGAGGAGGGUAACAGCACCAGCUACAAUCUUUCCCUACCCCUGACAACUCCGAUACCCAACGAGUACGCUGAAUACUAUGAAAGCGAGGGUGCUGUGGUUGGUCUGGGAGACGGAGUGGAGAUGAGGCCCCUGGUUCCUAUGGAUGGGCCCCUGAGGAUGAACGGCUGGCUGAUUUGUAAAGAACAGGAUGAAAUGCUGAACCUGGCAUUCACAGUGGGCUCCUUCCUGCUCUCAGCUAUCACCCUGCCACUGGGGAUCGUCAUGGAUAAAUACGGACCUCGCAAGCUACGGCUGCUGGGCAGCACAUGUUUUGGACUGUCCUGUCUACUCAUUGCUUAUGGAGCCUACAAUCCAAAUGAACUCUCUGUCCUUAUUUUCAUUGCCCUGACUUUCAAUGGCUUUGGGGGCAUGUGCAUGACCUUCACCUCUCUCACGCUCCCUAACAUGUUUGGGGACCUCCGUGCCACCUUUAUUGCCCUGAUGAUUGGCUCCUAUGCCUCCUCUGCAGUCACCUUCCCUGGUGUCAAGGUGAUCUAUGACCUUGGCAUAUCAUUCAUCACUAUUCUGGUGGUGUGGGCCUCCUGUGCUGCACUGGUCUUCUUGAACUGCUUCUUGAACUGGCCACUAGAACCGUUCCCAUCACCAGAGGACAUGGACUACACUGUGAAGAUCAAGUUCAGCUGGCUGGGCUUUGACCAUAAAAUCACCGGGAAGCAGUUCUACCACCACGUGACCACAGUGGGCAAUCGUCUCAGUUUGGGCAACAGCCUGAAGGAGAAGGAACCGACCACUAAGGAUGGACACAAGCUCUGCCUGUCCACCAUGGACCUGGAAAUGGAUUGCAAGCCACAAAAUGAAUCCCAAUCAUUCUUCAAAACUAUCAGCAGCCCGAUUUUCCUGCUCAGUCUGGUGACCAUGUCCGUCACUCAGCUUCGUCUCUUGUUCUACAUGGGGGCCAUGAACAGCGUCCUGGAGUCGCUCAGUGAUGGAGACCUCAACAAAGUGAGUCUGUACUCCUCCAUCUUUGGCGUGCUGCAGUUGCUUUGCCUGAUGACCACCCCCGUCAUUGGUCAGAUCAUGGACUGGAAGCUGAAGGACUGUGACGAUGGAGAGAAGGAAAAAGAACCCUGCAGCAAGGGUGAGAUAAGGAAAAAGCGCAGAGACAAAAAGACCCAGAAGGUGACCAAUGCCCUGCGAGCAUUCAUCCUCACCAACGUUCUUUUAGUGGCAUUUGGGAUCACAUGCCUUGUGCCCAAUCUCCCCCUACAGAUUGUGUCAUUUGUCCUACACACUGUGGUGAGAGGAUUCAUUCACUCUGCUGUUGGCGGCCUCUAUGCUGCUGUGUAUCCCUCCUCCCAGUUUGGCAGUCUAACAGGCAUGCAGUCUCUGGUCAGUGCUGUGUUUUCUCUACUGCAGCAACCUCUGUUUCUGGCUAUGAUGGGGCCCCUGGGGGGAGACCCACUCUGGGUCAAUGUUGGACUCUUUGUUGUGAGUAUGCUGGGCUUCUUGCUGCCUCUCUACCUGUUCUGCUACAGACGGACGCUCGACAAAGAGCAGCAGCAGAAGGAGGAAGAAUUUAAGAUCUACAUCAAAGUCAACGGCUCCGACAUCCCAGAGGCCUAUGUCUAGAUGAAAGUAGAUGAACAGAAGAUUUUUUUACUGAGAAACACUGGCAAUCCAGUAAUACCUGCUUACAUAUGCCUACAAAAGAACAAUUGAAACCCUAACUAUUUAACUAGUAUCACAUGUAAACAUAAUUGUGGUAUGUCUCUAUUGUACACACACAAACAGACUGCCACUUCCAUUUUCCCAAAAUCGCAAGAAGAUAAACUGAUGCUGCAGUUGUCACGGAAACGAGUCCGUUGGACAUGUCGCUGAGGAGGAAAGUGAAAACGGGAGAAGAAGAGAGAGGAAAGACUGUGAAAGGAAAGAGGCAUGACCCCUCUGCAUUCCCCCCAAAUCCUCUGACUUCUCUUUUUAUUCCCUCCUCUCUGAGCGGCACAUUGGUGCAGUUGCAUUCCACAUAAGACUGCUUUAAUAUUCCCCAUUUGAGCAGAAAACGGAGAAAAAAAGAGAGCUUGUUAAAGCCGGUGAAUUUUCACCUUUUCUAAAUGCACAACCAACCUCACCAUUAUAAGUGAGCAAUCCCAUUAGUAUGCGUGUUGUUUUCUUCUUGUCUUUAAUGUGUUGCCUUUAAAUCAUCCUGAUUGUAAAAACCCAUUACAUGGUGCUACCUGUCUGUUCCUCAGCUGGAUUUUUUUGCUAGAUGGAGUGAGGUAAGUGUGGACUGAAUGGCAUUAAUGAGCGACAGGGAGGAGAGAAGAGCCUUAUUGCUGAUGUUUCUUGGGUGAGUAGAGAAGACAGUUAUAAUGAUUAAUUGUUGUUGCAGUAUAAAACUACUGUAGCUUAGAAUAUGCUGUAGUACUGGAUGAAUAUCAGUGUUUUUUGGGGCUGUAUUCUAUAAGAGGGACAUCAAACAAACCUGUAUGUUUUGCUUAAUGUCAUUUAUGUUUAGAGUAUUUAUUUUAUUUUCUGCUUUCUUUAGUUUUCUUUUUUAUACUUUACCAGGAGUGCCUUUUGAAAACGUGUUCAUUGGGCAGCGUCUUCUAUUGAAGUUUUUCCACAUGUCAGCAAAAACUGUUUCCCCUUUGCAUUACAAGGUAAUACCGUCUAUGCAUCUGUGGUUUUUAACCACAUUAGAUGCAAUUAACCUCUCCAUUACGUUUAUCCAUAAAAUCAUCAUCAGUAAGAUGCCUUAGCUUAAAGUCAGCAUUUUAUUCAGUCUAUCUACCUACUGUUCAGCACUUUAUACCCUGUUAAAUCCUUUAAAUAUCACACAGAUCACACGUCAGCUCCUUUCAGCACUUCUGUCCCGACGCCUCUCUAUAGAAAUAGUCCCACUUUAAUGUUGAGCUCAUCCUACCUUCAUACGCGUAUUUAUUUUAUUUUACACUCACUUUUCCAAAACUAAAUUUAAUGAUGUAUCUAAAUUGCGCUGUGCUGCCUACUCAACUGUGUCAUUGGCAUAGAGCUCUUCCUUGUAUCAUUGAUGCUAAUGUAGAACUCAUUCUUGUUUAAAUGUGGACGAAUUUGUGGGGGUUAAUAAAGUUGAGUUGAUCUCUUUAAAUGGUU